CGAUUAAAUUUUACUGGCUUGAUCAGUUUGGUGAAAAUCCAAUUAAAAUUUGGUUUGAUUUUUUUUUUUCGAAACAACAUUAUUUUAACAUUUGAAAAGAAAAGGAAAAUUAAGAUACGUUUUUUUGGAUUCACCUACCCAAUUUGUGACACAGGCUUUAGGCUGGGUCAGGCUUGGUAUUAUAACUCUUAACGAAAGUGGGAGUGUUUAAAGUGGAAAAAAUGGGAUUUAGGGGGUGUUUCAUUUUUCGCUGAAGUUCAGGGUUUUUUCGGAGUACAAUUUGGCCUCCUAUUUAACAAGCUCUGUGGAGUUCAUUGCACAACCUGGGACUGACUUCAACCCUGUAAAAUUUGAAAAGCCAUGCAUCCGGUUCCUUUUCAUGCGACUCCUGCUGCACCUCCUCCUCCCUGGUUCCCGAUGUUACCCCCUAAUCCACCACAGUCGACUCCUUUUUGGGACACCAAAAAUGUGCAUGAUCGGCUGAAAGAGUUACAGGGCACGUUGACUCUUGCUACAUCAAUGCAGAAAGAGCUUGAGAUGUUGAUGACAAUCAAAAGCACUGAAGGGUCUGUGGAAGAGGGGGAAGGGGAAUCUACCGACCCUUAUGCUUGUGGGUUGUACGAGUAUUUGAAAGAUAGGAAAAUUGAUUUGGAAGCACAGGAAUCACUUUCGGUGAAUGCUGCAAAUGCUUUGAUGUCAAGAUUAAGAGCUCAAUUAGAGCCAUUUAGAGUAAUCAUAGAUGAUGUCACUCCAUGGGAAGAGAAAUCAAUGGCAGCUAGAUUGUCUAAUAAAAUAUUGAAGUCCAAGCGUAAUAAACUUUGGAGGAAGAGGAAGAGACAACGUGCUGCAGAAAUCCGCACAAAGGAGCAUGAACAAUUUGACCAAGCUGAUCGUGUAGCUGAUGAGUGGAGGGCUAGGGAGAUAGCAAAGGAUGCUGCACAACUCAAGGUGGAAAAGAUGAAAGAAAUUGCAAAGCUUAAAGCAAAAGAAGAGAGGAAGAGGCUAGAAUCUGAGCUUGAGCUGGUAUUGGUUGUGGAGAAGUUGCAAGAAUUGCGCUCCAUCAGGAUUCAAAAAUUGAAGAAACAAGGACAUUUUCUCCCCGAGGAGGAUGACAAGUUUCUUGAGAGAGUUCGAGCUGCAGUUGAGGAAGAAGAGCGCCAAGCAAUGGCUGCAGCUGAAACAGAUGCUGCCAAGGGUGCCAUUGCAACAGCUGAGGAAUCUAGGAAAACAAUCCAGAGUGGUGGGCUGCACUCAAAAGAUGCAAGUGAUGCCAAAGAUGGAAUGAAGGAAAGUAAUGAUGAAAUAAAUGAGAGCACGGGCAAUUUAGGCUCCGAUGCGGUUCCUGGUCCAUCUGGAGAAAAAGGAUCUAAAGGUCAAGUUUAUGGUGGAGCUUAUGAUUCUGUAGCAAAUUUGCCAAUUGAAUUCUACCACUAUUAUCAUGGCAGCAAUAAUGAUAUGGGCACACUUAUCGAGGUUAGAAGAACAUGGGAUGCGUAUAUAAGACCAGGAGGAAGCCGCAUACCAGGCCACUGGGUUCAGCCACCACCGCCGGCAGAUGAUAUAUGGGCAUCCUACCUCGUUAGGCCUAAAUGAAUGGGCUGCAACCAAAUAUCAGUCGGGCUUCUGCACCGACUAAUCCUUCCUAUGUCGGUGUAUUGUGAAGAAACUGGGGACUUUUUAUGCAGCUACACAAGUCUGCAAACUUUCAUUGUUUACAAGAAAAUUCUAGUGCAUAUAAUGGUAUGAGUAGGAUGUGCAGCCCGAAAAUAGAUUUUUUAUCUGUUUAGAAUUUGCAAUCGAGAAUUUCCGUUUCUUGCCGCGUAA